AUGUUCAAUCCGCAAGCUGCUCGCAGGCCGCCUGGCAGCAUGCAGCCUAACCCCGUCGCUCCUGUUCAGAGCCAGAGUGACAUUAAUGCCAAAGAAAAACUUGCUGCAUACGUGUACGAGUAUCUGGUCAUUUCUGGGGCAACGAAAACUGCCGAAGUGUUCAAGGAAGAAGUUUUAAGUAAUGUUCCGAACGGAGCUAUCAAGCCCAGUGAAAUCGGCCCAGGUUUCUUGCAGAAUUGGUGGAUGCUGUUCUGGGAUUUGUAUUGCGCAGCUCCUGAAAGAAGAGACGGUCCCGAUGGCCAGUCAACGCAAGAAGCUAAGGCUUUCCACGAUUUUGGUUUUGUUCCUGGUGGCUUUGGUCCACCUGGUCCUAUGAUGAAUGGCAUGCAUGCUCCAGGGUUCCCUGGAGCUCCUGGAAUGGGUAUGCCUGGUCCGGAAGGGAUGAUGCCUGGUCACCCUGGAGCACCAGGAUUUCCAGGUCGGUUCCCAGGUCGAGCCGGUUGUCCACCUGGUGCUAUGCCACCAGCCGGCUUUGGUAUGUUCCCUGGCGAUCCACGUGCAAUGCCUGGGCAACGGAUGCCACCAAAUGCUGCAAUGCGUAUGCCUCCUGCCUCGUUUGCGCCAGCAGGCAUGAGACCUGGUGGUCCCGGAGCUCCUCCUGCCCCUCAAGGGAUGAGAUAUGGCGCGCCACCUGGAGGUGCGUUUAUGGACUCACCCGGUCAGGCUUUCCCUCCUGGUGCUGGUAUGAUGCCGAACGGAGGCGGUGUGAUGUGUUCACAAGCUCCGGUCGCCAUGUCCAUGUCUUCUCCUGGAAUGCCGCCAGCUGGAGCUGGUGAUCCACAUGGAUUCAUGAUGACUGGCAUGCCAUCCAGCUCAACAGCUAUGCCUUUCGGGAUGGGAGACACAUCAGUAACCAUGGGCAAUGGUAUGGGGCCUGGACCUAUGGGUGGAGCGAGUGCUCCAGUUCCUGAAGGAGGUCCGCUCACUGGAUUACUGAACGGCGAGGAACUGAAGCAGUCACCGGCGUCGACUCCACGAGGUGGCGUGAAUGGAGGUACACCAGCCCCGCCAGGAUCGGCGCACAGCAUGCAACCUGCCUCAGUGCCUGGAGUGCACGGAGGAGCGGAUCUCAUGGAUCAGCAGAGCAGUAAGGACGAUAUUGAAGUGAGUAAGAUCAAGCAAGGGUUACUGGAUGACUUUGCGCCAAAAGAAGAGAUAUCAUCUGGUGAUCAGCCAUAUUUCUAA